GCGGGACAUGACGGGGUAUUAAUUAAAGGCACCCUGCGUCUCCUGUGUUAAUCCUGUUGUGUUUUCUGUCUAAUAGCCGCAAGGAUUAAAGUCGUCAAAAGAUAUCCAGUAAAAUAAGCAUCAUGGCUCUGGACGGAUGUGGCCUCCUCUGCAAAUACACGCUGUUAAUUUUCAACCUCAUCUUUGCACUGGUGGGGUUUGUGUUCCUGGGUCUGGGCCUGUGGCUGAGGUUCAGCGAUAGCACCAGAGCUAUCUUUGAAUUCGAGGCCCUCGACUCAAGUGCAUUCGUUAUUGCGGUGACUAUCCUGAUUAUCACGGGCUCGGUGAUGCUGAUCGUGGUCGUGUUUGGAGACUACGGCGCCUGCAGCGAGAAACGAUGCGCUCUGCAAAUAUUUUCAGCACUGGUGGCCAUCCUGGGAAUUACUGUGGUUGUUUUGGGAGUGAUUAAUAGUUCCAGGUCAGACGAGAUUGGAUUGAGCAUGGGGGAGUUCUACUCUAGCAUAUAUUUGCUGUAUGUGGCUAACAGCGACCCAGUUCUUGCUGUCACUCUCACAUUCAUCCAAAAACUGCUUCACUGCUGUGGAGCGACCGGGAUUACGUCGUUAGACUUUGCCAAGGAAACCUGUCCCAAACCAGACACCAUUUGGGAACACAUCAAGAUGGAUGCUUGUCCUGGGGUGAUUAUUAAUGUCUUCAACGACAAAGCACCGCUGGUGAUGGGCCUGUUCGUCGGAACUGGAGUUUUUCUGCUCCUGGCUUUGAUUUGCAGCUCAACCCUUUCUAAAAAGCUCAUUAACUCAUCCACUCCUCAGUACAUGAUCCUGACUCAGCCUCCACCAUCUCACCUUGAAUAUAUCCCCACCUCCACCUCCAUUUCUUACUCUUUCCCCAACCAGCCGGUGGUCUUCACCCCUCUGACUGUGGCCAACAUCCCCAUAGUUAUAACUUAGAGAGCACUUUUACCACAAUGCUCGGGCAUAGAGGAUACAGAUCUGGGUUUAUUUCCACAUUCACAUUACUUCAUGUUCAUCUCUUCUGUGCAUGCUCACUGUGGGGUCUCUUCAGCUCCCUUUAAAGGAAAAAUCCACCCUUAAGUAAGUAAAAUGUAUUUAUAAAGCGCUUUUCCCAGACAUAGUCACAAAGUGCUUGACAAAGCAUUAAAACAUCAUACGAAUCAUGAAAGCUUAAAUGAACACAACAAAGCCACGUGUUAAGAAGUGCUAAAAACACAAUACACAAUAAAAACACAAUAAAAACAGUUGCAUCAAAAAAAA